AUGUCACUGAGUACCGAAGUACUAGCUGCCGUGCUGAUGAUACCCUCUGGAACCGAAAGUCUAGUCAGAGUACUAGCUGCUGUGCUGAUGAUACCCUCUGAAACCGAAAGUCUAGUCGGAGUACUAGCUGCUGUGCUGAUGAUACCCUCUGGAACCGAGAGUCUAGUCAGAGUAAUAGCUGCUGUGCUGAUGAUACCCUCUGGAACCGAGAGUCUAGUCAGAGUACUAGCUGCUGUGCUGAUGAUACCCUCUGGAACCGGAAGUCUAGUCGGAGUACUAGCUGCUGUGCUGAUGAUACCCUCUGGAACCGAGAGUCUAGUCAGAGUACUAGCUGCUGUGCUGAUGAUACCCUCUGGAACCGAAAGUCUAGUCGGAGUACUAGCUUCUGUGCUGAUGAUACCCUCUGGAACCGAGAGUCUAGUCAGAUCUAGUCAGAGUACUAGCUGCUGUGCUGAUGAUACCCUCUGGAACCGAAAGUCUAGUCAGAGUACUAGCUGCUGUGCUGAUGAUACCCUCUGGAACCGAAAGUCUAGUCAGAGUACUAGCUGCCGUGCUGAUGAUACCCUCUGGAACCUAAAGUCUAGUCAGAGUACUAGCUGCUGUGCUGAUGAUACCCUCUGGAACCUAAAGUCUAGUCAGAGUACAAGCUGCCGUGCUGAUGGUACCCUCUGGAACCUAAAGUCUAGUCAGAGUACAAGCUGCCGUGCUGAUGAUACCCUCUGGAACCUAAAGUCUAGUCAGAGUACAAGCUGCCGUGCUGAUGAUACCCUCUGGAACCGAAAGUCUAGUCAGAGUACUAGCUGCUGUGCUGAUGAUACCCUCUGGAACCUAAAGUCUAGUCAGAGUACAAGCUGCCGUGCUGAUGGUACCCUCUGGAACCUAAAGUCUAGUCAGAGUACAAGCUGCCGUGCUGAUGAUACCCUCUGGAACCGAAAGUCUAGUCAGAGUACUAGCUGCUGUGCUGAUGAUACCCUCUGGAACCGAAAGUCUAGUCAGAGUACAAGCUGCCGUGCUGAUGGUACCCUCUGGAACCUAAAGUCUAGUCAGAGUACAAGCUGCCGUGCUGAUGGUACCCUCUGGAACCUAAAGUCUAGUCAGAGUACAAGCUGCCGUGCUGAUGAUACCCUCUGGAACCGAAAGUCUAGUCAGAGUACUAGCUGCUGUGCUGAUGAUACCCUCUGGAACCUAAAGUCUAGUCAGAGUACAAGCUGCCGUGCUGAUGAUACCCUCUGGAACCGAAAGUCUAGUCAGAGUACUAGCUGCUGUGCUGAUGAUACCCUCUGGAACCGAAAGUCUAGUCAGAGUACUAGCUGCUGUGCUGAUGAUACCCUCUGGAACCUAAAGUCUAGUCAGAGUACUAGCUGCCGUGUUGAUGAUACUCUCUGGAACCUAAAGUCUAGUCAGAGUACUAGCUGGUGUGCUGAUGAUACCCUCUGGAACCAAAAGUCUAGUCGGAGUACUAGCUGCUGUGCUGAUGAUACCCUCUGGAACCGAAAGUCUAGUCAGAGUACUAGCUGUUGUGCCGAUGAUACCCUCUGGAACCUAAAGUCUAGUCGGGGUACUAGCUGCCGUGCUGAUGAUACUCUCUGGAAACGAGAGUCUAGUCAGAGUACUAGCUGCUGUGCUGAUGAUACCCUCUGGAACCGAAAGUCUAGUCAGAGUACUAGCUGCUGUGCUGAUGAUACCCUCUGGAACCGAAAGUCUAGUCAGAGUACUAGCUGCUCUGCUGAUGAUACCCUCUGGAACCUAAAGUCUAGUCGGAGUACUAGCUGCCGUGCUGAUGAUACCCUCUGGAACCGAAAGUCUAGUCGGAGUACUUGCUGCUGUGCUGAUGAUACCCUCUGGAACCUAAAGUCUAGUCAGAGUACUAGCUGCUGUGCUGAUGAUACCCUCUGGAACCUAAAGUCUAGUCAGAGUACAAGCUGCCGUGCUGAUGAUACCCUCUGGAACCGAAAGUCUAGUCGGAGUACUUGCUGCUGUGCUGAUGAUACCCUCUGGAACCGAAAGUCUAGUCAGAGUACUAGCUGCUGUGCUGAUGAUACCCUCUGGAACCGAAAGUCUAGUCAGAGUACUAGCUGCUGUGCUGAUGAUACCCUCUGGAACCUAAAGUCUAGUCAGAGUACUAGCUGCUGUGCUGAUGAUACCCUCUGGAACCGGAAGUCUAGUCAGAGGAAGUUUCAAAUAUAA